AUGAUGUGCUCUCCUGUUGCUGUACGUUACUGGGUAAUUUUCUGCCUGUUCAUCCCAAUGUUUUCAUCGUCGAUACUCACUUGCCCUCCAUGCAAGUGUACUCUCACUAAAGCGAAUUGCUCUAAUUUGGAUCUUAUGGAGGUACCACAACUUCCAGUGACGAUUAGGACACUGGACCUGUCAAACAAUAGACUCGGGAAUCUGUCAUCAAGGACGUUUCGAAAUGUAUCUUCCCAUAUCGAAACGCUGAAACUAAGUCAUAAUUUUAUAAAUGACAUUGACCGAGACACAUUCAACGAUUCAGUAAACCUUGUAAACUUGGACCUCAGUGACAACCGAUUUUCCAGCCCGACUAAGGUGUUCAGAGCACUAGCAGCAACCAAACUGCAGCUUCUCGACUUAUCCAAUACCUCUCUACACUUCUCCAACUUCAGCACAUUAAAGCUCCUAUCGAGCGUGCCAAUUCGUACACUUAAUCUUCAAGAUAACAGUCUGAAGGUUCUGGAUGGCAGUUUGAAGAACAGCUGCCCAAAUUUACAGAAGUUAAUCCUAACAGGAAACUUCAUCAGGAAGAUUUCAUUUUCUGACGUACAAUAUAAGUUAAAAGAACUGUAUAUCGACGAGAAUGUUCUCACUGAGGUCCCUUCAUUCUGCUUAAAGGAAAGUUAUACAACGGCGGCACUGCCAGCGCUACGAACCCUGUCGAUUUCUGCGAAUCUCAUGACUUCUUUAAGACACCUCAAUCACUCAAAACUAUGUGUACAAAACAUAGAGACAUUGCUGAUGGAUAACAAUCAUUUUUUCAGAAUUAGUGAAAAUGCUUUUACAGGUUUCCCAAAACUACGAACGCUAUCUUUAAAUAUGAUUAACACAAAACGUCUGAUUAUCCAUCAAACAGCAUUCAAUUCUACGUCCCUUCAAAACCUGACACUUGGCACCAUUCAAAAGAUAUUUACAGUAAGUGACAAUAUGUUCGAUUACUGUGGAAAUUUAAGUUCUCUAACACUUGCAGGAGUCUCCUUUUACAAAUGGCCAUUACAAAAGAUGCGGAAACUGUUUUCCUCAUUGCUGAAACUGAAACAUUUGACGCUCUUCAAUUCACAGAUCUCGCUCAUUCCAACACAUUUUCUUCCAAACGUGCAGAAUUUGGUUUAUCUCGACGCGAGAAAGAAUUUUCUUUCGUCCUGGCAAUCAGUGGCGUUCAAGAACGCGACAGCGUUAAAAACGUUGAUAUUAAGUUACAAUCAUAUUACACAUUUGAAUGAAUCGUUUUUACCAACAUUUCUUUGGAAACAAAUUGAAAUUCUUGACCUUGCUUUCAACCCCUUUGAUUGUUCCUGUGAGUUAUACUGGUUUAGGAAGUGGCUCAACAAGAACAGUUACAAGGUUAAGACAUAUCCGAAAGUCUACUUUUGCAAGUCACCUUCCAAAUACAAAGACAGAAUGCUGUCAAAUUAUAAUCCAUCGUAUCGCGAGUGUCACCCUCUACCCACACUCACCAUUGCACUGAUUUCAUGUGCAUGUGUUCUUGUUUUUCUAGCCGUUCUAGCUGUCAUUCUCUACAGGAACAGAUGGCAUAUCAAAUACUACAUCUACCUGCUACGCGCAAAACAAGGAUACAAGCAAAUUCCAGGAGAUGACCGCUUCGUCUACGACGCGUUUGUAGCCUACAACUCUACGGACCGUAUCUGGGUUAUAUCAAAGUUAAAGGAAUUUCUUGAAGCUCAACAUAAUAUGAAACUUUGCCUUCACGAACGAGACUUCAGUGCAGGGAGGUUGAUCAUUGAUAACAUCAUAGAAAAUAUCCAACUGAGUAGGAAAGUGAUACUCAUUCUGACUGAUGAAUUUGCAAAGAGUCAAUGGUGUCAAUUUGAAACGUUGAUGGCACAGAAUCGAUUCUUUGAACAGGGCGCGUCGUCGCUGGUUCUAGUGAUGCUAGAAGACGUUAGUUCUCGUCACCUGAAUGGUCCUUUAAGCCUACUGCUUCAGUCAAUGACAUAUAUUGAGUGGUCUAAAGAUCCUGCAGGAAAUGAAAUGUUUUGGGGGAAGUUGCUGGAAUCACUGCAAUAA